AUGGAGUCAUCCGGUACAAAUCGCUACAGGCACUUGCGCAACUACAAGUGCUCCGACACGAAGCGCUCCUACUACCUGUUUGUGCGCUCAGAAUACGAGGAAACCUACUCGCAGCUAUUGCGAGUAUCCGCUGAAGCGUUUGACACGUUCUUCGACUACCAUCUCGAAGUUGCGACGUGCUCAAUUGAUCACACCCAGUACAUCCAAACAGCUCUCAAGAAGCAGUGGCCGCAAGUCCAUGUUGUGUCAUGCGCCAUCCACAUGCUGUGA